UCUCUGAUAUAAUGAAAAUAGAGUCUCUCUGUGAGAUCUGUUUCUAUCAGAAGUCAGAGAAUCUUAUAUUUCUCAAGAUCAUCUUCACACACCUUGUCUGUGAAAUUGAUGAGAGAAAUUAUCAAUUCCAGUGUUCUGUUCUUGAUGUUAUUCAAGUGAUAGCAGAGUUCACUCUGAUCACACUUUUUAAGUAUAU